CGCGGCCCUGGGGGGGCUGUGGCGGAGUCGGCCCGGCGCCCCUCGCUCGGGGGAAAGAGCUCGUGUGGCGGGAAGCAUCUCCCGGUUCCGCUGGGCUCCCUCACGGCUGGGUAGUACCGCAAUAGGAAUGACGGUGAACCCACCCCUGUGUUUUAGAGGAAAGAAGAUCCUGGCUCCAAUGGUGCGAGUGGGAACGUUGCCGAUGCGUCUUCUUGCCCUGGACUAUGGUGCUGAUAUCGUGUACUGUGAGGAGCUGAUUGACAUAAAGAUGCUGCAGUGUAAGAGGGUUAUAAAUGAAGUACUUGAAACGGUGGACUUUGUUGCACCUAAUGAAAGAGUUGUUUUCAGAACUUGUGAAAGGGAGAGGCAACGUGUCGUCUUUCAAAUGGGUUCAGCAGAUGCUGAGAGAGCCCUGGCAGUAGCUAAGCUUGUAGAGAGUGAUGUGGCUGGUAUUGAUAUCAACAUGGGAUGCCCAAAAGAAUACUCUACUAAGGGAGGUAUGGGAGCAGCACUGCUAUCUGAUCCUGACAAAAUAGAGUCUAUAUUGACUGCCCUUGUUAAAGGAGUUUGUAAACCAGUAACCUGCAAAAUCCGCAUUUUGCCCUCAGUUGAAGAUACUGUGAAUCUGGUGAAGAGAAUAGAAAAAACUGGUAUUGCUGCUAUUGCAGUCCAUGGAAGGAAUAAGGAGGAGAGGCCUCAGCACCCUGUCCACUGUGAUGUGAUCAAGGCCAUAUCUGAAGCCGUCUCCAUUCCAGUAAUAGCAAAUGGAGGAUCUCAUGACUUCAUCAAAGAAUAUAUGGACAUAGAGACCUUCCAGAAAGCAACGGCUGCCUCAUCAGUAAUGAUAGCUCGUGCUGCCAUGUGGAACCCGUCUAUCUUCAGAAAAGAGGGGUUUUUCCCCUUGAAGGAUGUCAUGCAAGAUUACCUUAAAUAUGCAGUGAGAUACGAUAAUCACUAUACCAACACAAAAUACUGUUUGUGUCAGAUGUUAAGAGAACAGUUGGAAACUGCUCAGGGUAAGAAGCUGCAUGCUGCACAGUCCACACAGGAGAUCUGUGAAGUCUUUGAAAUGGGUGACUUCUAUGAAGAAACAACAGCUAUUUUUGAAGCAAAGAAAAUGUCUUUAGAAACUGAGACACAAGAUGAAGAUGACCAAGUAGACGAUCCAGAUGUAAUAAAAAUGGCUGUUAGAUUUGACAAGCGAGAAUAUCCACCACAGAUUACUCCAAAAAUGUAUCUUCUGGAAUGGUGUAGGAAAGAAAAGCAUCCUCAGCCUGUUUAUGAAACUGUUCAAAGACCAUUGGAUAGAUUAUUCUGUUCAGUAGUGACAGUAGCUGAGCGAAAAUACCGAUCAACUCUAUGGGACAAGUCCAAGAAACUAGCAGAACAGGCUGCAGCUAUUGUCUGUCUGAGAACAUUGGGUGUCCCAGAGGGAAAGCUGUGUGAGGGAGAAAAUCACCUGAUUAACAAACGCAAGAGGGAAGACCAGGAGCGCUUGACUAAUAAAGACCAUGGAGAAGAUCUUGCUGAACCUUCCCAUAAAAAAGCUAAUUUUAUUGAAGAAACUUCUGACAGGAACGUGCCUAAGAUGCCACGAUAGCAUGGAAAUUAGAGGUUUCAUGCCUAUGCAGCUACAAAUUAGCUCUUCUUUGUAUAUCUUGUUGUUCACAUUUCAUUUGGAUUCUCUCAGAGACAGAUAAACUCCUCAGGUAUGAAAAAUGCCAAUGGGAUGUUUACUGUUCACCACUCACUAUGUCCCUAUGGUGCCUUUCAAACAGGAUAAAUUAGGAACUUGAUUUUAAAGAACAUGGAGAAGACUAUCCCUAUUAAUAAAUUUUUUUCAAAUAUCAGGUAUUUUCAAAGCAAUUUUGUCAUUGGUUUUAUUACUUGUUUUUAAGAAGUCUAUGGUGUGCUGGUAAGUGAUGUAUUAAUAUAUCAUCUAUAAGCAGAUGGAUUCCUUAUGCAACUAUGUAGUUAGAAAAAUUAAUGUAGAAAAAUAAUGAGUUUUAUGCAUACCUUGCAAGCUUGUUUACGCCCAUCAGGUAUCAAGAAAAAGUUUUUGCAGAGAGAAGGACUUAACAAUUGUAACACUAAGCAUUAAAAUAACAUUCUUCUUUCAUAGUUUCAACUACAUUUUUCUCUUCAGAAACAUGACAAUAGAAUUAACCAUCCUUUCCUGGCCUUAGGUAUUACAAUUAUGCCUUUCCAGUGGGAAUUGAAGCUAGCCUGGUAGCCAUGAAUUUGUUGAAUGAAGGCACUUUCAGAUGUUUUAUUCUUUUGAACUUGAAAGUCCUUGUAAAUGUCUGCAAGUAUAUUACUUGCAAUAAUGGGAAUCCAAAUAUGGCCUUGUAUGUUCCUGACAUGUGACCUCGUUUGUCUCAGUAAUUACCUGUUGGUGAUACUGGUGGUCUCAAUCAAAGAUAUGUGUUCUCUUCUUCAUUUUCCAUCAUCAAAACUUCCUGUUAAAGUAAACUAUAAGUACAUGCCAUAUGCCAAGAGAGGAUACAGACCCAGUCUGGUUCACGGCAAUCCAGCUGAGCUUGUCUAAUUUUAAUUAGAGUUCUGAAUCCCUAAAAGAAUGCCGAAAGAAUUCAGGGAUUUCAUUUACUAACAGUUUAUUGAAACAGUGGUUUAAUUUCCCUUAACAGCAUGAGGGAUCGUGAGAUUAUCAGUUCUGGUCUGAAAACAAAAUGACAGGAAUAUAUCAUGCCAUGAUCUCUAAAGUACUUUGUGUAAAAAUGUACAAAAUAUAAUUCAUUUGGAUGUUGUUCAGAAAAACUCUUCCUAUAUAAAAUUUUGAAUCUUUUCCUCAAUCUUUUCCACACUAGCAAGUGAUAGUGCUGACACUAAACCAUUCUUUGAAAAAGGAAGAACAGUAUCUCACCAGUUCAGAGCUGUGAAAUUAAAAAUUGUGUAUUCAGAGAUAAAAUGUCUGCUGUUCACAUCAGAGUAAUUUAUAGUAAAUAUAUGCAGUCUAAGAAGAAAGUUUUUCAUGUUCAUUUUGGACAUUGCAGUAAGUGCAGUUAAAUACACUUACAUUUGAUAUAACUUAAGCGCUACUCCAAACAGCAAAAGAAUUUGCAGUAUUAAUCAGAAAUUUCAGAAGUAGCAAUUUUCCUAUUUUGAGUUCUAUCUGGGUAUCUUGUUUUUGUCAGAACUGUUUGGGGCCAUCAAAAUAGAGAAAAAGUUGUUGUUAGGUCCUGUUAGCAGUGUGGCUUGCAAGGUCUAAUCUAAUAGAAUCAUAGAAUGUUUGGGUGUAGAAAGGACCUCUGAAGAUCAUCUGGUCCAAACCCCGUGCUCAAAGAAGAGUGAACUGGAGCAAGUUUCCCAGGACUGUGUCUAACUGGGUUUCAUGCAUUUUCCAGGACUCAAAUUCCACAACCUCUCUUGGCAACCUGUUGUGGUAUUUGAGCACCCUUAUUAUAAAAGUGGGGGUUCUUUUUCUUCUUCUGCAUAGAAUAUCCUUUAUUUCCAUUUGUGCCCACUGCCUCUUGUCCUGUCACUUAGAAGAAUCUGGCUUUGUAUCUUGUCAUCAUUGGCUGUCUAAAAUGAAAAUUGAAUCUUCAGAUAUUAUAGGUGAUGGUGUCUAAAUACAGUGUAGACUUGUAUGGCAGCAAUUACUAUGGAUAGGUGGAAGUUACAAUGGACUGGGAGCCAAGGCCCUCAUAACAAUACUUGUACCUUUUUUUUCUCCUCAUAUUUUGUCACAUGAUGCAAAUACUCAUCCUUCUGCCUCCUUAGUGAGGUACAGCCUACGUAGACUUUUUGUAUUGUUUCCUUCCAGCGACUUAAUGCAAUUCAGAGCCAGGUGUUCCAGUGGUGCUUGAGAAUGUGGAAAUCUUUGGUUUAUUUGAACUGAGCAGAUUUCUGCAGCAUGCUGUCAAAAAUUCACAUGGAACUGUAGCUGAAGUUUGAUACCUAAACAAAGGUAUGAGUACCCAGCAUGUAGGUGCUUUACCAGCAAACCAUGGUUUGGUCGAUGGAGAGAGCUGGAUAACACUGGCUACGUAGUUCACAAUGAGCUGAAACAAAUGCUGUGUUAACACAAGUCUGCAAAGUGUAUAUAUUGUAUUUAUAUUAAAUCAAAUGGGUGCUAAAAUCUGAGAGGAUGUUUCUGUUUUCUAAUAAGUGCAUGUUUUCAAAUCCUUCCUGAAAUUAUUACGUGGUUGCCAAUGUGUAGCUGCACUGGUUGUACACAUUAAUGGAGUUGUCUGUGCUGUAGUUAUGGAUAGGACAAACAGAGCCUGUAGAAGUGAGAAUGAAGAGUCACUGUUGGGAUGAGCUUUCAAUGCUAAAUAUAAAAGGACUGUAAAUUCUGGCAAGUGGCUAGAAAGCAUAACAUGCUUGACACUCUUUAUGGGUCUCAAAAAGAACCAAAGAAAAGUUGCAAUUGUGUAUAUGUCUAUGUGCGUGUCAGAACGUUGUGAUUUAAUGACUUUCUGUUACAUACUUCCAUUCCUCUUAAAUCUGUUACAACUAAUGUGUGAUGACUUAUCCUACUUCGAUCAUUCAAUUCACCCUAACCAGAUAGAAUAAUUGUAUUUAUCAUGUAUGUUCCCUUUUCAGCACUGAUUUUAAAGUAAUUACUUCAGAGACCAGUGCUUUUCUUCUAGAAAUUGUUCUAUUCACAUUACUUUUAAAGAGCAAACAACACUGGUGACUCUGUAUUAGUUUCUCCCGUGCUUCUCUUCUCUGCUGUACUUACCAUAAACAGAAGGUGGCAGGGUUUUUUUUCUUCCCAAAAAUAUGCUGACUUCUGCAGUAUUUAGUGAUCCAGCCAUUGCACUUCUGCAUUCUUGCAUAGGGUGGCAAUUGAGACCACAGUUGGGUUGGAGGAUAUUUAGCCUCACUUUUCAGAAUUUUUUUCUCGGUUUUAAUGUGGUGUGAAUAUGGUACUUGGUCAAUACUGAUCAGAGCUGUGCUCUAUUUUAAGUAUUUGCUUAGUGAAAACGUUUCACUGUUAAUCAUGUGGAACUCAGUGACGCAAUUGGUUUCUUCUGUCCCAGGGCUACUGUCAGUGAACAAAAAAGCAGUUUUAUUUUUUACUUGAUACUGAUGCUGCAGAAAGUAUUUGUAAUGAUACCUGCCAAAGUAUGGUCUGUGGCUGUUGGCAGAACUGUAGCUUGUCCUCCCUUUAGCCUACAUGUACUCUGAUUACUAGAAACCUGAAUGGGAAAGCAGAGAUAUGUUUACCAGCCUUUAGCGUGGAUGCACUCACUGUGGGGCUACCUCCAGGGCCUUGCUGGUUGGAAUGCUUUUUGGAAUGUCCUGGGCUCUGAGCCCAACCCCGCCCUGGAAUGUGAGGUUAAAUGUUGGCGGUUCAAAUACAGAGUUUGAAUAUCAAAAUCCUAGAGUUCCCCAGUACUGCAGUUUCAGAAACUGGCAAGUGAACCACAUGUCAGCUCAGCUGCUCGCUGAUUCAAAGGAUGAGCAUGCCUUGGGCUGCUGGGGAAGGAGGGGGAGGUAGGACGUUGUUUGGUUUGGUUUGGUUUUUACUUGCCCGUUAUGACCCGCAGAAAACAUUCUUUUCGAACAUGUCAACUGGCAAGAUUGCAAGAGGUCCCAAACAGGUGUUAGCUAGAAAGAAAUCUUAAUUCACAAAAGCAUUUUAUUGCUACUUCUUUAAUCAAACCUAGGAGCUCUGCAUAAUGGGAACUGUUGCUUUAUUAAACAGGAAUCUGCUUAUAUUUGGACUCUGAGUCAAGAUGUGAUGUCAGUGAGAUGGCCUGUCAGGCUUAAGUUCCAUCUGUAUCACAGUGCAGGAGGCCAAUGUUUGAGGCUUUUAUUCAGAGUUGCUGAUGACAAAGCUGAUGAAAAACAUUAAAAGCUAAACAUGAAAAGUAAGUCUUUGGUGAGGAGGGAGUGCCUUGUGUAUUGUUAAACAACAGUUGCCUAGGUCAGUUAAGGAGAAGAAUUGCUGAGCUCCAGAGGGAGUCUAGUUCAGUCAUCCGUGCUCAAAGGAGCACUAACCUCAGUGGCUUUUAUGAGAGAGGCUUAAAAAUAUACAUCACUUGUGGUGUUCACUUAGCUCCCACAUGAAACUGUUGCAGGAGUUAAUGUGAAUCUGCUGUUAAAUAUCUAUUAGUUAAAUAAAUAAAUACUUUUCCCUUGCCCUGGCAUGGUGGAAGAGUCUCUGUUUUUCAUUUUUAGAAAAUUAUUGUCUGAGAGAGAUCCUCUUGUGAGAGUUUACAGAGUAAAGAGAGAGUUUACAGAGUUUAGAGAGUAGUACAAAUCUGACACUUUACUCAUUUCAACUUAAUUUUCCUUGAUAAGCUCCAUACAUUUUUUAAUGCUUAUGUUAUUGUGAAAAACGAAAUUAAUAUAAUCUAUGUAUAAGUGUGAACAUGGAUUUUUUGGUUAGUAUUCUAUUGCAUAGACCUGACAGAACUGGAUUUGAAUACAGAUCUUCAACUUUUUAGCUAUUUUUGAACUAUAUAAACAUGCUACCUUUCCUAGUCCUGUUUUCCAUUGCUUUGCAAACUUAUCUAUGCAGUGUUAGGCUGCUGCAUGUGCCAUGCAUGCCUGUGUACUUGCCACUGGCUGUGCACAGGUGUCAGCAGGGAUUGUUAGCAGUUGGUCAGAGAGCUUUAUGUCAGACUUCUUAAACAGAAACUGAUAAAGUGGUUUCCCUCAUUGUGGUCUCAGAAAAGUGAGAGUUAAGAUAUUAAAGAUAUAAAGAUAUUAAAAUGAAGCUAGUACAUUUUUACCUUUUUUAAUUUCCAGUGUUGGAAAAUAUUAUCUUUCUGAGGUAAAAAUAAAAAAUCAGGCUCUAAUCAUAUUUUGUUGGGAAGCUUCUUGGUGACUUACAUGAUUUGAUUCAGUGUAUGCUCAUUUACUUAGAAAAUUAACUACUACAUUUUUCUUUAAGUUUCUCUGGUAGCAGAAACUUUUUUGUUGUUGUAGUUUACUGUUUUAUUAGCUCUCUGAAUCGUUAUAAAAUUUAAGGUGAAUUUCCUGGCCAUCUGUGUAUCUGUUCUAGUUACAUACUCAUAUAGAAAUCCCAGGCAACAAAAAAUUUAAUAGCUGAAACCAUUGUCAUUGUUUUCUUCUGUGCCGAAAUAGAGCCAAAUCCUGAACACCAGGCAGAACAUAAGUAAACAUGUCUAAGAAGUGGUACCUAUAUGAACCACAAAACCCAUGAGAUCUGAAGAGUGUUAAAAACACCAUGAGACAGUUCCACUCAAGCAGAAGUAUGCAUUUAUUUCCCCUGUAUGGCAUACAAAAGGGGUUUUUGUAAGGAUUUGGUUUUUUUUCAGAAGUUAAUUGAACAUUAGGUGUUCAGAUCCUUAGGUGGGAAUGAAUGGAAGAUGGAGUGUUCACAAGGGCAUCAGAAUGAUAUGAUCUCAGAGAGGUGGAAUAUUGGGACUGCAGGAUUAAGCCAGUAAAUCACUGUACAAUUAGUUACAGAUGUCUACCUAUCAUAUAAGUGGCAUGGUAAUUCUAGUUUACUGUGUUGUCCUGUGACAUUCUCUUAUUAUACAACUAAUAGCAGUUUUCAUAUUUUGCUCUGCCUGAACAUGGAAAACAGUUGUAGUUCUUAGAAAGUUUAUAGCCUCUAGGCUACAGAAAUAUUGCAUUGUGAAUACUGAAUUAAUAGUGAUUUAAUAAAUUACCUUCUCUCCCAUUAAGUUUUAUCAGCAUGGCAAAUGUUGCAGUGUAGGCUGUAAAAUCAGUUUGCUCACUAGUAUGGGUGACGUGCAAGACUAGGCAGCAUGACUUGAGAGUGUGCACGUCCUGUAAUGACAGCAAUACUGGGUUAAGGGAUAAAUAGAGAGGAAAAAAAAACAAAACUAGUCACUAAUGUCUUCCUGUACAGUAGUACUGGCACAGCACUUUACCUGUAGAUUCAGCAUUUACCCAUUUUCGUGUUAUAUUCAGUAUUUUAACUCUUGGGAGUCUGUAGGAGGAUUCUCAAUUCUUUGUUGGAGACAAAAUGUGUAACACAGCAUUUAUUUAAAAUGAUGCCUUAUGCCACGGAAGCAAACACAGCUCAAAGUAUGACAGGGGAUAGAGUUUCCAUUUAAUUUUGUAGAGAAACUUGCUGAAGACAAACAGAUUUGAUCCACCUCCACUUUGUAAUUUUCUUCAUACUUCUUAAUU